UCAUCUUCGGAAAUCGAAUGAAGAUACUUGUAACAAUGUUCGUAUGUAAGGAGGGAAAAGGACAGGGUCGGCUGGUGACUACUGGUUGUUUUUAUUUAGAAAAAAUCAUACAACAGAAAAGACGUGCUGACGGGCACAAGACAGUCAAAUAAUAACUUCACUCUAGUACAACAGACGGGAUCCACGGAGCGUGAAGACAGCCAGUAGUCCUUCUCUCUCUCGCUGGCUCCUGCUUCUCCUGGCGUUAAAUACUCUCUCCACGCCAAUUACUGAAACAAGAGACAGGUGUUUGUUAUUUGCGCCUAAUCCACUCAAUCACCGCGCGUCCUCUCCCUCUCUCUCCCGUUGCAGACUCCGCUGAACCACGCCCCCCUUGCCACAAUACUUUUCAUAAAAUCUGAGCCAGUUCGGUCCCUACUUAACAACAACCACUUUGAUGCUUCAAAAAGUUCAUAAAGAGAUCAUAAAUUUAAUCCAUAUUAACUGAGCGGUUUAGUCCAAAUUUUCUGAAAAGAUACGAUUGCUUUAUAUGAUGAACAGAAUAAAUUUAGACUUUUAUUCACAUAUAAACAUUGAUCAGCAAACAUAAACAGAAGCGUUCCCGAAUCUGCUUGACGUGCAAGAGCAAACCGUCUUGUGGAAGCUCAAAUGUGCUCAUGCGUGAAAUGAGAAUGAUCCUCAUUGGUUCUUGCACAUCAAGCAAGCAUGCUUGAGCUUCUGUUUAUCAUAACUGAUGUGUGUGUUUAUUGAUGUUUAUGUGCAUGAAAGUUCAGUGUAUAAAGCGAUCGAGUCUCUUGGACUAAAUUGAGAACAUUUGGACUAAAUCGUUCUAUUCAUAAGUUUUACAAUCUCUAUUAACUUUUUGAAGCGUCAAAGUGGUAGUUGCGUAGCUAUCAACGGAGGUACAGAAAUCAUUGAGAUUUCAUUAAAAUAUCUUCAUUUGUGUUAUGAAGAUGAACGAAAGUCUUACGGGUUUAGAACAACAUGAGGGUGAGUAAUAAAUGACAGAAUUUAAUUUUUUUGGGUGAACAAACCCUUUAAUAUUAGUAUUACAACAUUCAAGACAUUCAAACUACAUUAUUGUGCAUAAUAUGACAAAAAAAAAAAAAAAAAAAAAAAAAAAUGAUCAGUCAUGAAAAUAAGCCAUUUUAUGUUUAGAUUAUUGAUAUUGAUAUUAAUAUGACUGAAUUGGUUAAAGUUGUGACAGCAAGCAGAAUAUUUUUAAUAAUAAUAUAAUGUUCACCUAAGACAUUUGCUGGGAUCAUACAUCAUUGGACUUUGUGAACAGGGAUCAGCAUGAGUGUCAGCAUUAGCUUGGUUUUACAUUUUGUUAUUGCUGUAGUUAUUUUUAACCACGCAAUUAUAAGAUACAAAGUAUAAACUGAUAUAUUUUAAAUACUUUUUUUUCAUAGUGGAGACUUCCCCGCUAGAGGUAUUGGCAGAUUUAGUAAUUCUUCUUUGGACAUGUUAAUUAAAAAAUUACCUCAUAUGAAUUGGAAAAAAAUAUGCCUUCGGGAUGUAAAUUAUAAGCGCUUUUUUCAAAAUAUCCAAUGAGGUCGACCAAUCCCAGUGACGUCCAGGUACGGGAUACCUCAGCGAAUAGAAGAGCGAUCUCUCGGUGGUUAUCGGGUUCAUUGCAAUCUGCAAGAAAUCUCCGCGUGGUGUUUUUUGCUCCGUUUGCUGGAGCGAUCUGCUGCACAAUCUGCGACUGUAUUCAGCUCUGCAUUUAGCGAUGGAUGCAUGCGAUAAAGAGAAGGUUGAUGGCGCUAUGGACAGCUCGGAGGAACAUGACGAGACUGGGGAAUGGGAUUCUUCAUCUGAUAAAGAGAGCGUCGCUUCAUGUGUGGACUCUGCAGUAGAGGAUAUGUCCCUUGAUUGUCUAGAAACUGUUCUGGAAGAGUUUUCAGAUUAUGAUCCCACUAAUGAUGUCUCUGAUGAUGACUGGUAUCCAGAGGUCACUCCACGAAAGAAGAAGAGAUCUGGUCUAUCUUCUGUUUCACCAUCUCCAGCAAAGUCUUGCAGAUCUGCUUCACCUGCUUCUGCACAAAGUAGUAAAGGGAAAGGUGGGGAAAGCAGUGUGAGAAGAUCCCUACCUUUUUCCAUCUUAGAAAACAAGUGGAAAAGUAUUGAUGAGCCUGAUAUUGAGCCGGCUCAGCCAAUCUUCAGACCUAGACAAACGCCCGGUCCACAGUUGGUCUCCAAUUCAUCAUGCAGUCCUUUAAAGUAUUUUGAGUUGUUCUUUUCAAAAUCAGUGAUAAAGACAAUUGUAUCACAUACAAAUACAUAUGGGGCCAUGCGUUGUGAAGGGAAGAGUAAACCAUUCGAGGACAUUUCUGUGAAAGACUUAAAGAAAUAUAUAGCGCUGGUGAUUUACAUGGGUUUGCUGAAAUGCUUCAGCCUGACAGACUACUGGAGGAAGUCAGAUAUCUACAGUCUGCCGUUUCCUGCACAAAUCAUGACUGGUAAGAAAUUUUUGCACAUGUGUUCAGUUCUCCAUCUUAGUGAUCCCAAAGUGGAUGCAGAGAAUGACAAGAAGAAGGGAACGCCUGAAUAUGACCGCCUGUGCAGGAUCAAACCGCUGUACCAGGACAUUAGGGAUGCCUGCAGAGCCACUUUCCAUCCCUUUCAGAACAUCUCCAUUGAUGAAAGAAUGGUGGCAUCAAAGGCUAGACAUGGACUCAAACAGUACAUGAAAAACAAACCUACAAAAUGGGGGUACAAACUCUUUGUACUGGCAGAUUCCCUCUCUGGAUACACGUGGGACUUCUUCAUUUAUGAGGGAAAGGUGAAUUCAGAAGAGAGUAAAGGCAUUAGCUAUGAUUCUGUCAUGAUUCUGGCAGAUGAAAGGUUGUUGGGUACUGGCUACAAGCUGUUUGUUGACAACUUUUACACCAGUCCCAAGCUUUUCAGAGACUUGCUCGCUAAAAGGAUCUUUGCUUGUGGCACUGUUCGAGCAAACCGCAUCGGCCACUCAAAGAAACAUGCUCCUCGUGGCAAUAUUCGCUGGUUUAGGGAAGAUGACCUGCUGUUUGUGGAGUGGAAGGACAAGAGGGACGUGCUGAUGUGCUCCACCUUUCAUAAAGCCUUUAAUGGUGACACCAUAAAGAGGAACGUGAAAGGAGCCGACGGAGUUUGGGCCCUUCAGGAUUUCCCGGUUCCAGCUGCAGUGUUGGACUACAACAAGCACAUGGGAGGAGUGGAUCUGUCUGAUGCGCUUAUUGGAUAUUACACAGUUCUACAUAAAACUAGAAAGUGGUAUCGGUCCUUUUUUUACCACUUUGUGGACAUCGCUGUAGUAAAUUCCUUCAUUUUGCACCAGCAGAUGGCCAGGAUGAAGAACCAGAAGCCUCUGACGCAGAAGGCCUUCCGGGAGGCUCUUGUUAGAGAGCUUGCAGGAAUAGGCCCUGAAAAUACCCCUAAACGAGUUAAAACUAGAGACCCCCACCUGCCCAAGUACAUCAGCGGAGACAGCACAAUCGGAAGACUGAGAUGCAGAGUUUGUCACCGUAAAACUCCACUAGUUUGUGUAACUUGUGAUGUGCCUUUGUGCCUGGUUUCGAACCGUAACUGUUUCAUUACUUGGCAUGACCCAGGUAGCUCUAGUGAAAAUGAUGAAGAGUAAAGCUCUGAGUAGGAGAAUGACAUAGAAGAGAAGAUAUUGUUGAAUAAAGUUGUUUGAAUAAAUUUCUUUGUUUUUGCGCACAAAAAGUAUUCUCGACGCUUUGUAAAAUUAAGGUUGAACCACUGCAGUCACAUGGACUAUUUUAACAAUGUCUUCAGAACCUUUCUGGACCUUGAAAGUGGUGGUUAAAUUGCUGUCUAUGGGGAAUAAAAAAAUAUAUCUUAAUUUGUGUUCUGAAGAUGAACAAAGGUCUUACGUAUUUUGCUGUUCUGUAACGGUUCUUAACAUGACGUACUGUGAAAUCAGGAUUCAAAUGUGUUUCUUUUAACGUGUUUCAGCUAUAUUGUGUUCUGGAAAAAAAGGUGCUGAAAAAAUGGACUGUUUUUCUAUUUGAAUCAAUAAAGUUUUUUGUACAACUUCAA